AUGGAUCCUGAGGUAGAGCGGAUCCUGGUGGAAGAGCUCCAUCAUCUGGACGGUGAUGAGGAAGACGAUCUCUUCUGUCUGGGGGAUGUCACUGCUGCUAACCCCAGCGUCGAGCAGGAACCAAAGGCAGACCCAAGCUUUCAAGAUACCACUAUUAUUGACAAUGGAAUGGAUCCAGAAAACGUGGAAGAUAGUGCCGUGGAUCACGUCAGUUUAUCAAAGAAGAAAGAUGAUAAUAUUGACGAUCUCAGGGCGUUUCUGGAGCGAGUUCUUCCACAAGCCACGGUUUUGGGACUCGUACUAGCUCUUGCUGGAGCCAUGCAAGUGGCAGAAUGGAAGCAACUCUUUCAUCUUCAUCUGGAAGUGACAAUGGGUGAAGAACAACAACGCGUUUCCAUUCCAGGAACGGCUCUUUUGUUUUUUCUUGCAGUGGCGUCUUUUCUGAUACCGGUACAACACUUCAAACAACAACCACAAAACAAACAGGACUUGGACAUUCAAAAUAAUAAUGGAUGUACAAGACCACUCACACAGACGCUUGCAGAGGAAGAAAUCCAAUCGUCGAGAUCAUCAAACGAUAUUGAUAUUGUUUUAGAGGAAGAAUGGGAAAAACAGCAACAUGACUGUCGCUGCCAACUGGCGAAAGUGUUGGGUUCGAUAGGUGCACCCAUUUUGAGCCCCAAUGGACAAGUCGUCACAACAACGCUACAAGAAACAUCCAACCAUGACCAAAUUCCUUCGCCUUCUAGUAGUACUGCUACAUGUACGCAUGAUGCAAUGAUAAACGACGAAAAGAAGGAGCCGACCUUUAAAAAAGACAAAUGGCAUCCAACUCUCGUACAAACUGCCAAAGCUCACACCCGGCUCAUUCACACCAUGGAUACCACCAUGGAGAUUCUCAAAGUGGGCGCAGCGUUACAUCUGGGAGCCACGGAACGGACCGCCGAACGCGUCGAAAGAGCCCUUUUGGGAAGACAAACAACAAGGCUCCAAAACAGCAACAACGGCAUUCCUCGAAACGACAAAACAUCGUCAACAACAAUGCCGGUAUCGUUUCCGACCAUUCGAAAUCUCCUCAUGGAUGCCAUGUUCCAUCAGGUGGAGUCCUUGUUGAUGGUCAACAAUAACUACAACAACAAGGAGGGUAUUAUUAAUAUUUCGAAAGAAGACGUACUGGGAGAAGUCCCUCCCGUCAUUACUCUGACGUGGCUCCGAGAAUCACGUCAACAAUUGGCAGGAUUAUUGAGUCAUGUACUCGAGGAACUGUGCAGCGCUCCAACCCAAAACGAAUACAAUAGCACUGCUGGCAACAAUCUACUACUACUCCUGCAGUCCAAACGAACCGCCAAAGAGUUGCAGGUACACCUGCUACAUACACUAGAUCUGGACGAAAGUCAAGGAGUUGUUGCAACCGAGACUGCUCCCGAGUCGUCAUCAUUGUCCGCGCCGCUGAAAGAGCGCUUGGUAAAGUUGAGAGCUCAUUACCAGAAGGUGUUUGUUGCCCUGUGGGCCAUGGAAGAUUCUGCAACAACCAGCACAGAACAACAAGAUGGUGCCAUUAUGAGUCUUGAAACAAAAGAUUGGUGGGCCCGGAUGAACGAAAUCAACGAUGAAAUCUCCGUCGUGCUCGAGUGUAUAGAUCAUGAUUUUUUCUUGGAGGAGGAGGAGCCAGCAUCUGAGGAAUUGGCGGACCAGGAAGGUGGAAUGGCGAUACCAACCAAGGGUGCACAGAGCUACACUGUUGAUACAGGUGCAACGGCAAACAUACAACUCAAAUCCGUUGCUGCAGCAGCAAAGCCCACCAAAACAUCUGUAUUCUCUGGCAAAGGUGCCAAACAGCCAGAACAAACCCGUCAGAAGAAGGCAUCCGUGGGUUCCAAGAACAGCGACACACAAUCAUCCCCCGCUGUUCUGCAGGCCGAUCCGGUGGCCCAACACUUUUUGCUGAGUGAAUUGCGGACCAGAUUGCAAACGUUGGCUCUUCCCGAGGAAGAACACGAAGUGAACCUCGAUGUCAACGACCAAAACGAAACAUCGUCGCUGUCACAACGAUCCCAAUCUUCUCAAACCAAGACAACAGCCAUCCCCUUGUUUGGAGGUGCAGCGGGCUCGCUUUUGGUUGGAGACCUGAAGAACGCCGUCAAGCUACUAGGGAAUGAGGUCGAGGAUGACAGCUUGUCAGUUGGAGGUGAUGAAGGGAACUGA